GUACCAAUAAAGUGGUUGGCGCCAGAAACAAUGCAACAACGUAUCUACUCGAAUAAAACUGAUGUUUGGUCUUAUGGAAUUAUGGUCUGGGAGAUAUAUGCAGAGGGAUGUGAACCAUAUCCAAAUCUAUCGAAUAUUCAAACACGAGCCAAGAUUAUUGUUCAGAACUAUCGUAUGGAAAUGCCUAAGGGCACUCCUCCAUCGGUAUCCCAACUGAUCACACAGUGUUGGGCAAAGGAUCCAAAUGAACGACCAGCAUUUUCGACAAUCUGUCAGACACUCAAGGAUAUCGCUGCAAAAGAACGCAUGAAAUGA